UUGUAAAUAUAUUGUUUCUGUAUCCGCGGUUUGUUUAUAAAAUGUCAGAUUAUAAUAAGGAGAAACACGAUAAUUAUUUUGACAAUAGUAAGAGAUUUGAAUAUCCACACACGGAUGAAUCAUUGAUGUCGUUGGAUAACACGUUAUUGUGUAACAUAGAUGCUAGUAGCGGAUUGCAUAUUUCCACAACAUUUGUGCAGGAAUGCAAUAGCUCAAUGGCAAACAUUUGUAAAGAGGACACUAUACCCAAUAGAAUAGCUGUAUCUAAAAUAACGCGAGGUGUAUCUUCUGACUGGCAAGAUAAGUCUUUGAUGAAUCAAGUAUUUGCUCAAUUUGAUUCACAAGAUGAACAAGAAAAUAUUCCAGAUAAAUGUGAUAAUAUUACUAGUAUGGAUGUAUUCGACACAUUUUAUGAAGAAGAUAUAAGCCCUAAACCAGUUAAUGUACAUUUAUUUGAAAAAACUGCGAAGACAUCUUUAGAUAAACCAGAUACAAGUAACUUCCAUAAGAAUAAAUCAAACAACUUAUCAUGUUUAUAUAUUACAAAUUUUACUGAUGAUACUAUGAGAGAAGAUAAUUUUCUAUGCUCUCCUAAACAAAAUGAGAAGGAUAAAUCGCCAGUUAUCCAAUCAAAAUUUAAAUCAUUGAAUAAACAUAAAAAAAUUCCAAGAAAAAAAUUAUGUUUAAAUGAUAUUACAUUAACAUCAGAAGAGACAAGAAAGGAGAAUACAAAUUCUACAGAAUGUUCUAUGUUUUAUGGUUUACCAGAUAUUGUGAAAAAAUUAAUUCAAGAAAUCAAAGGAAUUUGUGAACUAUAUCAAUGGCAGGAUGAAUGUUUAAAGUUAGCAAUUAAGAUGAAAAAGAAUUUAAUUUAUGCCUUGCCAACAAGUGGUGGUAAAACUUUGGUUGCAGAGAUAUUAAUGUUCAGAGAAAUUAUAUGCAACAAGAAAAAUGCAAUUUUUAUACUCCCAUAUGUGGCUCUGGUGCAAGAAAAGGUUCAAUCAAUGGCUAUAUUAGCAUUAAAAUUAGGUUUUCUAGUCGAAGAAUAUGCUGGUACAAGAGGACGUUACCCACCAAUUAAACGGCGGAGGAAAAACAGCAUUUACAUAUGUACUAUAGAGAAAGCUUUAGGUCUUGUAAAUAGUUUAAUAGAAACAAAACGUUUAGCUGAAAUUGGCAUUAUUGUUGUGGAUGAGUUACAUCUACUUGGAGAAUCUGGAGGAAGAGGUGCCACUUUAGAAGGGCUGCUAACAAAAAUAAUGUUCUUUGAUGAUACAAUACGUUUGAUCGGAAUGAGUGCAACGAUAGGCAAUCUAAAGGAAAUAGCACAGUUUCUCAAUGCAGACACAUAUUCUCAAAAUUUUCGGCCAGUUAAAAUAACGGAAUAUGUGAAAUGUGACAAUUGUAUGUGGGAAGUUAAUUUCAAUAGUGAGGAACUGCUAAUAGAAACAAGCAAUAAUGAUUACAAGUAUCCAGAUGACAUAGCAGUACUAGAUCCAGAUAAAAUUGGAAGUUUGGUAAUGGAAGUGGCGCCAAACGAUUCGUGUCUUAUAUUCUGUUCAAGUCGCAAAAAUUGUGAAAAUGUGGCUUUAUUAUUAACAAAAGUCUUACCCAAAAGUUUAAGUAAUCAUAAAGUGGAGGCAAAAAGAAUCUUGUUAAAUGUACUUAAAACUGAGGAAGGAUUGUGUCCCAUUUUGCGAAAGACUCUCCCUUUUGGUGUAGCUUAUCAUCACUCUGGCCUCACAUCCGAAGAACGGCGCUUGUUAGAGGACGCCUUUAGAGAAGGUACUCUAUGUGUAAUAUGUUGCACAUCGACUUUAGCAGCUGGCGUAAACUUACCGGCAAGAAGGGUAAUACUACGAAGUCCUUACGUCGGGAAUCAGUUUCUGAAUUUGACUAGAUACAAACAAAUGAUUGGUCGUGCUGGUCGUGCUGGUAUGGGAGUUUUAGGAGAAAGCAUACUUAUUUGUAAAAAACCUGAAAUUAGUAAAGUGAAAGAUCUGCUAAUUUCUCAAAUGGACGACUCUAUAAGUAGUUUGCAUGUAGAGAAAGAUAGGGGGAUCAACAAUUUGAUUCUAAGUGCGAUACAAUUAAACAUGGCAACAACUAGAUGUGAGCUGCUCAAAUUAACGGCCGCGACUUUACUUAGCAUUCAGCAAAAUAGAAUAGAUGUUAGUUUAAAAAAUAUCACGGACGAAACAGUAACGGCAUUAUUAAAAUGUGGAGUAAUAAAAGUAAAAAGCAAAAGUUGUAAAACCGGUAAUCGUAACGUAACUGUUGUUAUUCCAUCUCAAGAGCUUACGCGCACAGAGAAAUUGUUAAAAUCGCCUAAGAAAGGAGUAAAGACGGUCACGUUUACGAGUGAGACUGAAUUUCAGCUUUGUGAUUUAGGACAAGCUGCAAUGAAAGGGCCGAUUGAUUUAAAAACUGCAUAUACGCUAUAUGAGGAUUUGAAGAUGGCCCAAAAAUAUUUAAUACUAACUGAUAAUCUUCAUCUUUUAUAUCUUGUCACACCUUAUGAUGUUGUAUCUCAGAUCACUCCCGUAGGCAGUAUCUACUAUGAUGUGGUAAUGACACUUACUGAUAGCCAAAUGCAAGUCGCUAGACUACUCGGGAUAACAGAAGCUGCGGCAAGUAAAAUACGUGAUGGUAUAAUGCCUAAGUCUGUUGAGAAGAGGGUAGUUGAGAGAUUUUAUGUGACAUUGAUAGUAUAUGAAUUGUGGAAUCAUCACUCAGUUUAUUUCGUUGCCGAAAAAUAUCAAGUUAAUAGAGGUGUUGUACAAAAUCUUCUGAAUACGGUAUCAAUGUUUGCAUCUUCUGUAGUGAGAUUUUGCCAGGAACUACCUGAGUUUUGGGCAUUUACCGAGAUGUUAGGUACAUUUAGUAAAAAAUUAUCUUACUGUUGUCCAGCAGAAUUAGAAACAUUAAUGGAACUUCCAUCAGUUAAAAUAGGCAGAGCUCGUCAAUUGUACAAAGCUGGUUAUAAAACUUUACAAUCUAUAGCAAAAGCUAAUCCCAGAGAUUUAAAGGAACAGAUUCCAUAUCUGAAUAAUAAAAUAGUCGCACAAAUUAUUGCUGCAGCAAAACUUUUGAUACUGCAAAAAGUGGAGGAUUUAAAAGAUGAAUGUGAAAACAUUUUAGAUGGUAUAAAUGUAAGUCAAAUAGAUAUAUGUGAGACAUAGAUGUUAAACUAUGAGAAAGAGAAACUAGAGAGAGAGAAAAAUAAAGUUUCUAAAUUUUGA